UUAAACUUUUCGCGUCAUACGUUGUUAACGUUGUCUAGCGGUAUAUUCGCUCGUAGAAUUUGAGUUCCUCAGUGUUUUGCUAUACUUCAAAACGUUUCUAACUCUAUUUACUUCGAAAAUGGCUUCAAAAGUGCCUAAAGUAGCCUUUAACAAUGGAUUUGAAUGUCCAAUACUUGGCAUCGGUACAUGGAAGUCAAAACCCGGCGAGGUGACGCAAGCAGUGAAAGACGCCAUCGACAUCGGCUACCGACACAUUGACUGCGCAUUCGUCUAUGGCAACGAGCCGGAAGUCGGCGCUGCGCUCAGCGCCAAACUCAAGGAUGGAACUGUCAAAAGAGAGGACCUCUUCAUCACCUCCAAGCUGUGGAACACGUUCCACCGGCCGGACCUGGUGCGUGGCGCUCUGCUCCAGACCUUGAAGAACCUCGGACUCAAGUACUUGGACCUGUACCUGAUCCACUGGCCUCAGGGGUACAAAGAAGACGGGGAACUGUUCCCCGCGGACGCCGCCGGCAAGAUCCAGUUUUCCGAAGUGGACUAUGUUGACACGUGGAAGGCGAUGGAGCCCCUCGUCGCCGAGGGCCUGGUGCGCUCGCUCGGGCUUUCCAAUUUCAACUCGAAGCAGAUAACUCGAGUGCUGGAGGUUGCCAAAGUCAAGCCGGUGGUCAAUCAGGUCGAAUGCCACCCGUAUCUCAAUCAGCAGCGCCUAAAAGACUUCUGCGAGGCCAGAGGCAUCAGACUGACGGCCUACUCGCCCCUAGGGUCCCCGGACAGACCCUGGGCCAAGCCCGGAGAGCCCCUGCUCAUGGAGGACCCCAAGCUGAAGGCUAUCGCUGACAGACUUGGCAAGACCCCUGCACAAGUGCUCAUCAGAUACCAGAUCGACCGCGGAGUAAUUGUGAUCCCGAAGUCCGUGACGAAGUCCAGGAUCGCGUCCAAUUUCGACGUGUUCGACUUCAAACUGUCCAAGGAGGACCUGGACUUGAUCAACUCUUUCAACGUGGACGGACGAUUCGUCCCCAUGACCGCAUCUCUCGGCCACAAGUAUCAUCCUUUUGAAAACGACGAGUUCUGAACUAUCUAUAAAUGGUCCUCUUAUGUUUAUAUGUAUAUUCAGUUAAUGCGUGCACAUUUUAUCUUAUAAUACAUUGUUAUAAAUAA